CUGUUUAUACUUUCCCUCACACAACUCCAUUGGAGAACUAAAUCAAUUGAUUAAGCUAAUUAUUGAUUGAAGAUACUGUAAUGGCUUCUUUUAAAGCUAUUACUCCUUUGAUAUUGUGUGUUUCUUUCAUUGUUGUCUCUGUGACUGCUCAACUUAGUUCCACGUUUUACGAUACUACAUGUUCUAAUGUAUCGAGCAUUGUGCAUGGUGUUGUCGAACAAGCUCUUCAAAGUGACGAUAGAGCCGGUGCCAAACUCAUCCGUCUCCAUUUUCACGAUUGUUUUGUCGACGGUUGUGAUGGAUCGGUGUUGUUAGAGGACCAGAGUGGCGUAACGAGUGAGCUGGGUGCACCUGGAAAUGGAGGCAUCACAGGUUUCAAUAUUGUUAACGACAUUAAAACUGCAGUUGAGAAUGUUUGUCCAGGCGUUGUCUCCUGUGCUGACAUUCUAGCCCUUUCUUCUCGAGACGCUGUUACCUUGGCAGGAGGGCAAGGUUGGACGGUUCAAUUGGGAAGAAGAGACAGUAGAACAGCAAAUUUGCAAGGAGCCAGAGAUAGGCUCCCAAGUCCUUUUGAGAAUCUCUCCCAACUUCAAAAAAAGUUUAGAGAUGUUGGUCUUGACAACAAUACCGAUCUCGUUGCUCUAUCAGGUGCACACACAUUCGGACGUUCGAGAUGCAGAUUCUUUGACGGACGGCUAAACACUUCAAAUCCGGACCCGACCCUUGACUCAACAUACGCAGAUCAACUACGACAAAAUUGUCAGGCAGGGCGAGACACAUUCGUGAAUUUGGACCCAACGACACCAAACACAUUCGACAGGAACUACUUUACCAAUCUUCAGAACAACCAAGGGCUUUUGGGAAGUGACCAAGUUUUGUUCUCCACCAGCGGAGCUUCAACUAUUAGUACUGUUAACAAUUUCGCCAGCAGUGAGAGUGCAUUCGCCUCCGCCUUCGCUCAGUCAAUGAUUAAUAUGGGAAAUAUUGACCCUUUAACCGGGACCAAUGGAGAAAUUAGAAUCAAUUGUAGAAGGCUCAAUUAAACAUAUCGAGUCACGUCACCAUAAUUAUAUAAUGUAUUGAGGAUCUCAUACAGCAAAUUGUAUUAUAUGUGUGUGUGUGUUGGCUAUAUUAUAUGGUCAAAGAAGUAAGAAUAGUAAAUAAAAAGCGCGUGCGGGAGCCUAGCUUUUGCACAAGCUUCCAUGAGGAGUCUGUUGUUUAGUUUUUGGAGAAGAUAAAUGUGAUUUUAUUGUGUUUCUAUCUCUGUUUUUCAUAAGGUCUAAUUAUUAUCCCAAAUCUCACCAAA